AUGCCAUUAUCAAUUGAAUCAGAAAUUGAUCUUCUUUAUCAUUUAUCGACAAUGUCUGAACAUGUUUUACCUAAAGGAAUCUUUUAUCUUCUUCUAUGGAAACGUCUUAAUCAAUCCAGUAUUCCACCUAAUUUUUCAUUCAAUGAAAUGGUUGAUCAUCUUCGUACAUUAUAUGAUGAAAGUGUAUUUGAUAAUCCGGAAUUACCGGAAUCAAAUGAUCAUGAUUUUAAAUGGAUUCCAAUUAAUGUUAAACAAGAACAACAAACUGAAAAAGAUUUAUCAAAUAAAAUUGAACCAACAUCAUCACCAUCACCACCACCACAACCAUCGACACCAAUUAUUACUAAAACACGAAAACGUCCAAUGUCACCAACAUCUCUUACACCAAAUAGUGAUACAGGUCGUCGAAGUGGUCGACAAAAACUGAAUCCACAAAUAAAAGAAGAAGAAGUAGAACAAUCACCAUCACAACAACAACAACAACAGCAAUCGAAAACAGAUAAACGUAAAUCUGUUAAAGAUACAUCUCGAAUAUCGACUCGAUCAAUACCAACUAGUGAUUCAAUUGGUACACGUUUACGAGGACAAAAAUAG